CAUCAAAAGCACACACACCCAAACAGGUCAGGAACCGAUCUUUCUCCUUCAACAACGGCAGGAAUAUGCGUCGUUUGACGAGUUGCAGACUCACUCUCUCCCUCCUCAUUUUCUCUCUCCUCCCUCUCUCUCUCCUCGCUCGCCCUUUCGUUCUCGUUCUCUCGCAAGAUGAUCUCAAAGAUGCUCCCACCUCCGGUGAAUCCGAUGGGGAUUCCUCCCCCGACUCUCCACCAGAGUGGGACGAGUUCGGAGACUCCGAUUCCAAGCCCGAGCACGAGCUCGACCCUGGCUCCUGGCGCCCAAUUUUUGAGCCUGAUUCCUCUACUCCUGAUAACACGGAGGACCCGGUGAUGGCGGAGUAUUACUCCACUGUUCAGAAGAUGCUGGGAGCAGUGAGCGGCGGGGAGGUGAGGAUGAUGGAGGAGGCUUCAGCGGAGAUAGAGGCGGCAGCUGUGGCUGGGAAUCCACACGCUCAGUCAGUUUUGGGAUUUCUGUACGGGCUAGGGCAGAUGAGGGAGCGGAAUAAGGCGAAGGCGUUUCUAUAUCAUCAUUUUGCGGCUGAAGGAGGUAAUAUGCAAUCCAAGAUGGCUCUGGCAUAUACGUACUCGCGCCAAGAUAUGUAUGAUAAAGCAGUUAAAUUGUAUGCUGAGUUAGCUGAAGUAGCUGUGAAUAGUUUUUUGAUCUCAAAGGAUUCACCUGUGAUUGAACCGGUUAGAAUCCACAAUGGAGCUGAGGAGAACAAGGAGGCUCUGAGGAAGUCGCGAGGGGAGGAGGAUGAAGACUUCCAGAUUUUGGAAUAUCAGGCCCAAAAGGGUAAUGCUGCAGCCAUGUACAAAAUUGGGCUCUUUUACUACUUUGGAUUGAGAGGGAUGAGGCGUGAUCAUGCAAAGGCAUUGGCAUGGUUCUUAAAGGCAGUAAAGAAGGGAGAGCCCAGGUCAAUGGAACUCCUUGGUGAGAUAUAUGCAAGAGGAGCUGGAGUUGAAAGGAAUUAUACUAAAGCACUUGAAUGGCUGACACUUGCAUCAAAGCAGCAACUGUACUCAGCUUAUAAUGGCAUGGGGUAUUUGUAUGUGAAAGGUUAUGGAGUGGAAAAGAAGAACUACACCAAAGCAAAAGAAUACUUUGAGAAAGCUGCUGACAAUGAAGAGGCUGGCGGGCACUACAAUCUCGGAGUAAUGUAUCUUAAAGGGAUUGGGGUAAAGAGAGAUGUGAAGCUGGCUUGCAAAUAUUUUAUAGUGGCUGCUAAUGCAGGUCAACCAAAGGCAUUUUACCAGCUAGCAAAGAUGUUCCAUACGGGUGUGGGACUCAAGAAGGAUCUCAUUAUGGCUUCUGCAUUAUAUAAACUGGUUGCAGAACGGGGUCCUUGGAGUACCUUAUCUAGAUGGGCACUGGAAUCUUACCUAAAAGGUGAUGUAGGCAAGGCAUUCCUACUGUAUUCAAGGAUGGCUGAACUGGGCUAUGAGAUUGCCCAGAGUAAUGCUGCAUGGAUUCUUGACAAAUAUGGGGAGCGUAGCAUGUGCAUGGGAGAAUCUGGAUUUUGUACAGAUGCAGAAAGGCAUCAGCGGGCACAUUCUUUUUGGUGGCAAGCUUCUGAGCAGGGUAAUGAACAUGCUGCUUUGCUGAUUGGUGAUGCAUAUUAUUAUGGUCGGGGUACAGAGAGGGACUAUGAACGAGCUGCAGAGGCUUACAUGCAUGCCAAAUCUCAAUCAAAUGCACAAGCUAUGUUCAACCUUGGAUACAUGCAUGAGCAUGGUCAAGGACUUCCAUUUGAUCUCCAUCUCGCUAAGCGUUACUAUGAUCAAGCCCAAGAGAUCGAUCCUGCAGCAAAGUUGCCUGUUACACUGGCCCUCACAAGCUUGUGGAUACGAAGGAACUAUGCAGACAGUUUCCUGGUCAACUUGAUUGAUUCAUUGCCUGGAGUCUAUCCAAAAAUUGAAGCAUGGGUGGAGAAUGUAAUCAUGGAGGAAGGAAAUGCGACAAUACUGACCCUUUUUGUCUGUCUCCUUACAGUCCUUUAUCUUCGUGAGAGACAGCGCCGGCAUGUUGCUGGUGUUGGUGGUGAGGUUGGUGUACCACCAAACCAGCCAUUUGAACAUGGUGCUCCUGUUGCUGUACCCCGUUAAUUGGUGGUAGUGAUGGUCUGCAGAAACAGCUAGAUUUUUUCCCGUUCUAUAUUUGUGAAAAGGUAAAAUUUAUAACUGCAAUAUAAUGUAUAGCCUUCUGAAUCCAAGGGAGAUAGCUGCUUUAUUUUCAGGUACAUCUCACCAUAGAACUACUGAAGUGAGCAGAAAUAAGAAGCAUUUUUUUAACUUUGCAUGCCAGAAAAAUGUACUUAAAAAGUAGAUCUGUGGAAUGUCUUUUUGUUGUACUAAUUUAACCAUUAAUUUAUUGAGGACACAUGAUUUGAGGCAAGAA